AAUGAAAACUAUUUAUUUAAUUUUUAUGAAUUUUAAACUGUUCUUUAAAAGAAUAUGAAGCACCCUGUAAAUAACAUACAUUGCAGUUAACUGUCAGGUCCCAAAUUCCCCUGAGAAAAAUGCUCAAAAUAGCAUUAAAACACUAAAACAAACUGCUUGACAACAUGGAUGCUGUUAUUUUAUGGGCAUCAUAUCAUGGAUAUAGUGCUAAUUAGCUGCCAAAUAUACCACUAAAAAUAUUACUAAAACUAUAAAAUAUUACAAUGUCAGUGUCUGUAUGCCAGUAUAGAUGACUUGUAAUCCUACCGGUUCCCUGAGGAACUUUUCAAUGGAAACAUUUUUGUAAAUGUGAUGUGAGUGAAGAACCUUUUAAAGUUGAAAGACCCUCCACAAAAUGUAACAGUUCUAUACUAUGGCUGCCCAAAGUGUGGCCCAUGAAGAUGUUUGAGUUGGCCCACCAGAAAGUCUUUUUGGCCCUCAACUCACCACAAACAUCACACUUUGGCUCCCCUUAGACAAUAAGUUUUGGCUCCCCAAUUCUAAACUAGGUUUUAACUUUCUGAGAGCUGCAUUUCGCUGCUGUCCGAACAAAACCUUGUAUCUUCUUUUUUUUUAUUUUCCAGUUUUUUACAUAGUUUGAAAAUGCCUGUUGUUCUUUACAUUGUAUGUAAAUAUGAUGAAUGGACCAAAAGAAAUGCCCCAAAAUGACUUGGAAAAAUGCCUGGUUCCACUGACUUACAUUAAAAGUAAAGUAUGUUUUUUCCUUCUCCUGUAAAGUUACCAUUUUGGAGAUGCAAGGUUUCUUCCGACAACAGCGAUACUCAAACCAGGAACAGUUUAAGGUUCUUCAUUUUGAGAGUGCGCUCUAAUUCACAAAAAACAUCAAAUAAUGAAACACAAUGAAAUGAAUGGUAAUAUGCAUUUUGAGGAGAGAUGAGGAGGACUAUUUUCAGAAAAACUUCAGUCUUUCUUGUUUAGAAAAAAUGGGGAACAAGUGGGAAACCGAACCGUUUUUACGAAGAACUGUCUCGCUAUCACACACUCAGGCGCAGAGAAGUGUGUGUGGCUUAGUGACUUCCUUUGGCUUUUCUCAAUAAACCAGUGUCCCAGGCAGAUGUAGAGAAAGGUCAGACAUACAUCUAAGCUGAUUACAUGGGGUUAUGUAUUUUGUUCAUUGUUUUUUUUUCUUUUGAACAUUAGCUUUGAUUGGAAUCAGUUUUCAGAGAGGUUUGAAAUAAGAUCAGCAUCAUUUGAAGCUGGUGAACAGUGUAUUUUAGCAACUCCCCCUAUUUUUGUCUGUCUGUCUUGGUCAGUGAGGCUCAACUUUCAACUAGUAGUCCUCUUACUGGAUUCACAAGUGCUGCAGUUUUAUGCUGCUGCAGCUUAUUUUUCUAUUCAAAUGUAUUAGUAUUAGUGCAGAUUGGAUUAGGUUUAGCCUAAUAAGCAAAUAAGUUAAAUGGAGGGGAAAACUGAUCAUAAACUAUUUCUGUCACUCUGAGGGCCUUGAUAAAUGUAGGUCAGAGUCCUGACAGAAAGUUUCAAUAAGUGUAUAACAUAGUGUGUGAUAUGGAACACCAUUAAAGUCUGCUCACACGUUAGUUAUAACUCACAUUAUAUGUAGAAAGUUACAAAUAUUGCAUUCAUGUUGUUGUUUUAUUUAAAUUUUAAAAGCACUUAAUGCUUCCUGAGAAACACCACUGACAUAAUCUUUCUGUGACACAUGAAGCUGUCAUUAUUUUAGCCAAAAUUUAAAAGACAGUGGACUUCUCAGAGUUACUCCUUCUUCCAUUGAGAUAUCCAUACAUUUACAUUUAUGGCAUUUGGCAGACACUCUUAUCCAGAGAGACUUACAAUUUUUACAUUUUACACAGGUAGGCUAUGGUAGUGUUAGGAGUCUUGCCCAAGGACUCUUAUUGGUCUAGUGUAGGGUGCUUACCCAGGCGGGGGAUUGAACACCAGUCUACAGUGUAGAAGGCAGAGGUGUUACCCACUACACUGUACCAACCACAAGACGUGGUGAAAAAGAAGGAAUUUUUGUAAACAAUGUUUUAUGUUUCUGUAACACCACUGAAAAAAUAUCUUGAGACUUAUUUAAUAUCAAAAUAAUUUUUUACUUAUAUACUAUAUACUGUUAUAUAUACUGUGUUUUUUAUAUAUAUAAAAACACAGGACAGACAAUUUUAAUGCAUUUUUACAAUUUAAACUGAAAAAUAAUACCUCAGUAUCUGCUGUGACAUCCUGCUUUUCAUUCACAACAUCACAAAAAAUCACUAAAAAUAAAAGUAAAAUUAUUAUAGUUUUUUAGGUUCAGGUCAAGUUCACAGUCAUCAACUUUGUUUCUUCUUCCUCUUCUUUUAUUUUAAUGACUUGGUGUGAGACACCACUUACUGCUGCAAUGGUAGAACGAUUCACCCCCUUUUAUCAGAUAUUUGAAUUACUACAACUUCAGAGAAUUAAAACAAUACUUCUUUUCGUCUGAAGUGAAUAUUGACUGUCUUUAUACUCUAGACAGAUGUGAGCAGGGUCAUCUGGCGAGUAGAUUAGAGGAAAGAUGGUGAAACAAAUAAGUCAACGUGUGAUGCAAAGGAAGAGAGAGAGAGAGACAGAGAGAAAGAGAGAGAGGGGUUGUGACAGAGGAAGUGAUGGUGUCACGAUCACUUUGGUACCUGUAUCAUAACGGAUUUUGUGGACAGACCCACGAAGUUUGGAUGCAAGAGAGUGGAACAUUUACUGAAGAAGUGGAAAUUAAAGAUGUCAGUCUCACACAGCUCUUCUUCCUCUCUCCUCUUCUCAUCCCACAAUCACACCUCCUCCUCUGUGGUCAACACCUUGACCUUGACUCCUGACUCAACCACAUCGUCACCCAGUUCUCUGGCUGGGCACAUGCCUCAGAUGGACGGAGGGCCAUACAGCCAUUUAAUGGGUGGUCAGCCCAGGACGACUGACAACAGGAGCGGGGAGCCGAUGAUGGGGUUGGCGUACUUGCCGUAUUCGAGCUGUUUGACAGCCUCAGAGAGAGCAGCGCAGCACGGCCACAUUGUGCAACAGGAUUUUUCCCAGUUCCUUCUUCCUCCUCCUCCAUCCACACUCCGUCAGCCAGGUCAGAAGAGGAGCCUGAGUAAGGACAGUGUCGAGUACCGGAUGCGGCGGGAGCGGAACAACAUCGCCGUGAGGAAGAGCCGUGAUAAAGCCCGCCGCCGCAUCUUGCUGACCCAGCAAAGGGCGCUGCAACUGGAGGAGGAAAACCACAGGCUACAGCUGACCAUCGAACAGCUUAGCCAUGAAGUGGACACUCUCAGACACUACCUUUCACAGCGCCAUCUACAGACCAAAGUGGACGACAUGGGAGUCGGCGAGAACUGUUGAGUAGCCUUAGGACUGUAUGUACUACUUUAAAAAUAAAGGGCACUAAAAGAGUUCUUUGGAGAGAUGCAAUAGAAGAACUAUGUUUGGUUCCCUAAGGAAUCUUCCAAUCAAAGGGUUAUUUAGGGGACACAAAGGUGUCCUUCCAUGGCAUCGCUCCAGAAAAUCCUUUUGGCACCUUUAUUUUAUAGAAAGUGUCUUGGCCUCUGUGUACUGGAUGAGGACUACAUUAUAACCUAAAUUGACAGAUGAAUGGAACACAAUUGGGCCUUUGCACCACAGCCAGCAUAUCUUAUCUGGUUUUCUGAUAUAAACAUACUUAGUUUAAAUAUUAAUCAGUACACUGUGAACCAAUGUGCUUUUUGUGGAUAACAAGCCUUGUUGGUACCAGGAUAACCAAAAAAAUACUGUCAUCCAAAACUUCUGCUACCCAUCCAUUUAAUCCAGCAUGAAACUAUGAAAGAAAUGAUAAAAUCACAGUUCCAACAAAUUUAUUAUGAGGUUGAAAAUGAUAAGAUUAAUAAUUAUGAGAUUGAAAAUUAAAACUGUUGAUACAAUAUCUGAGGUCAGCAUUUAGACUGUUAAAUAUGAAGUGAGGCUUUGUGUGCAGAUGUUGCUAAGACAAGCAGUAUUUUCCUUUUUUUUCUUUCUGUAAGAACUAUGCAUGUUAUUGGAUAUUUCUUUUUGGAUCAUUUGUUCUGAAAUGUAUGUCUAAAAAACAAACUUCAAACAAGAAUUUGCCCCCAUAUCUUUUUCUAGCAUAGGCAAGGAGAUGAAUACAUUUACUCUUUAAACUCUUAAGGGUUUAGACUUAUUUACAUAGUACUUUCAUUGAAGUUACAGAGUAAUUUUAAAGUAGUUAUGAAAUAGUAAGUUUUCAAGAUUAACAACUAAAUAAUACAUGUCACAAUAAAUAAAUACAUGCAAUUAUAUUUCUUAAUUACAUGUUUAUAAUAAACAAAAAAUGACAUUGCUUUUUUACUUAUAGAUAGAUAAAUGGUAUCACAUUGGUUUUUCUUAAAAUAAUAUAAAUAAUAAUACCUCAUACAAGUUGCUUAUUUUUUGCCACAAAAUGAAGUGGCUAUGAUUUUUAACAUUUAUAUAUUAUAUAUUAUAUAUACAUAUUUGCUUAUGCCAUAAUACAAUUAAAAUGCAUUCUUGCUUUCAUUGAAAUAAAGUUCAGAAUGGA